GCUGCGACUCACAAUAAAAGUAUCUCUGAUAAGUGCUGCAGAGAGCAGGGUGAUGAGUCAAUGUAUUCAUCGGUACAUGACUACUGCUGAAUGCUGACCCAGUUAUAGUACAAGUCGAGCGAAAGAGGGAGAAACAAUCGGAGAACGAUACGCGAUGUAUAUGUACACAGUGCUGGCGAAAAAAAGAGAAGGCACAAAAAAAAACAGCAGACCAGCCAAGAUUACGGCCAAUUAGCGCAGAAUCGCAACGAAACCGUGAAUGUUCCCAAGUUCCGGAUAAGAUAAACGCCGUGUCUGCAGCCACACCUGCGUCAACAAAUGGAAAUCAGCACUGCUCGCUCACGGCCUACAUAGGAUUAAAAUCUGCGGAUACUACCUAGUCUAAUCGGUGAGGAGGAGAAGAAGAGCCUGUCAAAUUCUCUCGAAGACGAACGAGUCUACAGCCAUCGGCGUCAUCGGGGGCCGAAGGAAACGUCAAUACCAGUGCGGGCACGCGAUGAGCUGCGAUAACGAGCCUAACGCUGAUCGUCGACGAGUUCCUGGCGUCGCUGAUGGACGCGCGGACGCGGCACCCGAUGGACUUAUGCGGGAGCAUCGCGAUAAGCUCGACGCCAAGGGCCGCCUUGGUCGCCGCUGUUCCUGCAGCUGUUGAACCGCCCGCAAGCUCCGCGCGCUGCUAGCCCUAAAGGUUAUACACUAUAGGCUUGCUGUACUGUCACGAUGACGGACCUUGUUAUCAUGGAGCGAGGCUCCGAUGCCUAUCUGGGCUCGGAAUGCAAGAAUGACAUUCCCGUUAUGCCACAGCCGACGACGAGAGGCGGUCUAAGAGUUUACAAGAUUGUUGUGCUUGGUGAAGGAGGUGUUGGAAAAUCAGCUGUAACUUUGCAGUUUGUGAGUCAUAGCUUUUUAAACGAUCAUGACCCUACUAUAGAGGAUUCAUAUCAGCAACAAGCAGUCAUUGAUGGAGAAGCUGCUCUGCUUGACAUUUUGGAUACAGCUGGUCAGGUAGAAUUCACGGCGAUGCGGGAUCAGUACAUGCGUUGCGGAGAAGGUUUCAUGAUUUGUUACUCCGUAACCGACAGGCACAGUUUUCAAGAAGUUCUCGAGUACAGAAAAUUGAUUUCUCGCGUCCGAGCCAACGAAGACAUUCCUCUGGUACUGGUUGGAAACAAAUUCGAUCUGCAACAUCAACGCCAAGUAUCGACGGACGAAGGGAAAGCUUUGGCGAAUCAGUUGGGAUGCCCAUUCUACGAGACGUCCGCGGCCCUUCGCCAGUUCAUCGACGAUUCGUUUUAUUCCCUGGUCAGGCAAAUACGCAUGAAAGAAAGAUCUCGGUCUGCCCCGCGCAAGCACAGUCGGUGGUGGAGACUGCGUUCCAUCUUGGCCUUCAUAUUUAGAAGAAAACCACGUCCAAAUCCGCAUUAUUCCCCUUAGAUGAGAAAUUAGUAUAUUUAAUACAUCACACGAAACAUAUUAUACCCGCGAUGCGCAAACACAACCGAGUCUGUGAGUUGGGUAUGAAAUACACGAGUCUUCCCGCAACAGUAGAUGAAAACUCGUACAUAUGUAAUUUUCGUUUUCUGAGGUGCAGGCACCUCGCCUUUCUAUAUAUUAUAUAUUUAAAAAAUUUGAUGAUUAACGACAUGAGAAAAUAUAUUUUUAGAUUUUAUAAGAAAUGUAUUAAUUUACAGACUUGUCGUAUUAAUUAUGUUUAAUAAUAAUAGAAUAAUUAGAGAACCGACGGUUAUCUACAACUAAUUGGCACACGCGUUUGAUUCGAAACGAGAUCGCAAACUUGUGAAGCAAGAAUUAUUUUAUUACAACGUUUACAAACAAAACAGAAACCAACAAGUAUUUUUUGCUAAACGACAAGUUUCUCCACGUAUUUACAUUUGUAUAGUAUUUAUAACCUUGUCCCAAGACAAAGAAACGGCCUUUAUCAUAUAAGCUAAAUUUUUAGAGAUCCUUUAUAUUUUGUAGAAUAUCCGAAUGACUAUAUAGGUACGGCAAUGGCAUAUAGUCCAAAUCGUUUAUCAAGCACAAGUAAUAAAUGUACCUAGUCGCUACUUGACGUCGUGCGCGCAAGUCCUAGUCAAGCGUUGCAUUUUGUCAGACAAAAAAAAAAUAUAAUUUUCGAAUUUGCAAGUACAUACCGCUUUUUAUUGUAACAUUUAUAAACGUGUGCAUAAAUGUUAUAUUUUUAGAGAAAUCAUUAAUUAAAUUAUCUCUAGUCAGUUUUGUACUUGUCAAGUUUAUUUGUACGAAUGUUAAAACAUGAGUGACGCGAUUAUGAAAAUAUUUUAUAAAAUAUUUUAAUCUGAACGAUCCAUGAAAAUAUAACUAUAUGUAUCAUUAUGGCAUUGGGAGUAUAGAAAACCAAGUUUGUGUUAACAUGUGACAAGAGAUUUUAUUAUGUAUAAAAAGUUGACGAAAAAAUGAUUCGAGCGCAAGCUCUAUAAUUAUAUACUUAGGAGAAAUUCAAGAAUACAAAAUAUACAUAUGGAUUCCAGUUCUAAUGUUUCAAGUUAGUAAACGAAUAUUAUACAUUGACAAUAUGAAAUCGCGCAAUCUCACGCACUGGCAGCAUCGAGAUGAUCAAUAAUAAAUUAAUAUACAAAA